AUAGCUUUUCUAUUACUUCAUCAAAAAGAUUUUCUGCCUAAAAUGGCAGAGAUUUCUGAGUGAAACCAACCCAAAGUCAAUACCAAAAUACAGACUCCCAAAUCCUACAAGAUUUGUUCAUAACAACCCCAGCUAUUUUCCAUCUUUUAUCUUGGGUGGACUCAAAUUAAAGUUUGGAUUUUUAUCUAUUUUGCAUUGGAGUUUGUGAAAAAAAUGAGUCUAGAGGUUGAACAUGAUUUGGCAAGAGGAGAAUGAGAGUUGGUACAGGUGUAAUCUUGUCCAAAAUCCCAUAAUCAGUUUGUUGAGUUUUGAUUUGAAUAAUAAAAAAGGUGUCAGGAUUAAAUAUUCUAUAAAUGUGUCAGCUUCCGUGAAGCCAGAGGGAGAGAGAGUAAAAUUUACAGAGACUUUUGUUUGCUUUUUUUGAAUUUGAGGAAGGUUUGUUCUUGAGUAAUUUUCAAGUUGGAAACAUGGGGAAAGCUACGAGGUGGCUGAGAGCGCUGCUUGGAAUGAAGAAAGGGAAAGAAAAGGAGAGGAAUCGGUGGAGCAAAGAUUCCGCCGGAUUGAAGGAUAUUCCGGCCGUAGACGCCGCGUGGCUGAGAUCUCUGAUCGCCUCAUCGGAGAAGGAGCAGACCAAUCACGCGAUUGCAGUUGCCGCCGCCACCGCUGUGGCAGCGGAUGCCGCCGUCGCCGCCGCGAAGGCUGCGGUGGCGGUGGUCAGGCUCACCGGCGGCGGCGGCGGCGGCGGGAGAGAGAUAUUUGCUGCCAUCAAGAUCCAGGCUUCUUUUAGAGGCUUUUUGGCCCGAAAAGCACUGAGGGCUCUGAGAGGGCUUGUGAAGUUACAAGCACUUGUUAGAGGCUAUCUUGUAAGGAAACGAGCUGCCGCGACUCUGCAUAGUAUGGAGGCUCUUAUUCGGGCCCAGGUCCUUGUUCAGGCCCGAAGGGCCCGUAGGAUAACAAGCAAGCUCCUGCCCGAUGCCCCGUCCCGAAAAUCCAUGCAGGAGAGAAGUGAAUUAAUUCAAAGCAAGAGGUUUCCCGCUUGUUUUGAUCCACCUGGCGAAAGCCUGAAAAUAGUCGAGAUCGACACCUGUCGGGUCGAAUCGAGGUCUAGGAGAAUGAGCAACGAUGAUCACUCUAUGUCUUCCCCUAAGAAAUACGUUCUUGAUCAUCAAGAUUUUGACUGGGGAUUCGUCCCACAAGGAUGCAAGUCUGUGACCGCACACAACACACCGAGGUUUGGUUGCUCGGGCCGGGCCAUGAUCGUCCCAGAAGAAUGCAAUUCCUCGAAUGGUUUUUUGGGCCGGGCCACCACACCUGCCAAGAGCGUGUGUGGUGACACUUUCCUCGGGCCAUACUCGAACUGCCCCAACUACAUGAUGAAAACGCAGUCGUUCAGGGCGAAGCUGAGGUCCCAAAGCGCCCCAAAGCAAAGGCUCGAACCCGGCCCGAGGAGACGGAUGUCGUUGAAUGAAAUAGUGGGAUCAAGAAAGUAGCUUCACCGGUGUUGGAAUGCAGGGGUCAUGUAUUAAGGUCGAAGAAGAUUUUGAGCUUUAGUGUGUGUUUUUAUGUGUGCUUUAAUGUUGAAGUUUGUCUAUGGGAUGGAACUAACAUAGAUUUUGUGUGUUGGUUUCUUUUCCUUUGGUUCGCUGUGACAAUAGAUAGAAUUUAAAUGUAUAAAUCAAUGUUGACUUCACUCUCCACUAACGUUACUUCUAUUAUUAUUUUUUCUUUUUUAUUUUA